UGUUUUAUUUUAUAAGUCACUGUAAAAAAUUUUCGGAGUGAACGCAGAUUAAAUCCGGAGUUAUUUUAAUAUUAAAACUUCGGAACUCCGAGUUAAUUCAAAUUUCCAAAUUCAAAUUUUUUACAGUGAAGCCUAAAUAAAUUUCUAAAAAUUUAUCAGUAUUGUUUCAUGUUUGUCAUUAAUUUAUCAUUAAAGCGAGCUAUAAAUAUUUUAUCAUUAGAUAAUUAUUAUUUUAUUAUUGGCGGUUUACGAAUACAACCGAGUGUCCACGAAAAUAUUUACCAAUAGUGUUAUUGAAAAUGUGUCACGUGGUCUUAUUUAAAUUAGAUCAGAUUUAAACUACUAUAUAUAUUUAAUCGUCCGAUAAAUAUAAAUAUAAAUAUAAAAAAAACACAAAUAGUUAUUGUCAUUAUUGCCAAUCAAUGAAAAGAUAAAAUCACUUGGGGCUUUUUUAUCUUGAUUACAUAUGAUUCUCGUACUUGUUCUUCAAAUAGAUUUAUAUCACCCAAAACACUUGUCGCAGUUUUAUCAUUUCUCAGAAUUGAUACGACCUUGAUCUCGGAGGAUUUAUACAAAAGAUAAAUUUAUAUAUUUUGGAAAUAAAAAUUUUAAAAAAUAUAUUUCAUUAUGUCGUCAAGGAAACCGACAGUACAGUCGACUGUUUUAAGUAAUGAUGAUACAUACUGUCAUGCAAGUAAUCUAAUGAAGAAAAAUAAUAAUUAUACACAAAAUAAUAAUAAUGAUAAUAACAAGAACAAUAAUAAUAAUAAUGAAAUUUAUAUACCUAAAAUAAAAUGGUUAGACUUAAGUGUACAGAUAUUUAUUCAUGCCGGAUGUCUUUAUGGAAUCUACCUCAUUUUUACUCAAGCCAAAUUACUCACAAGUCUAUGGGCUUUUAUGACAAUAUAUAUGUCAGGAUUUGGUAUUACUGCAGGAGCACACAGACUUUGGUCUCACAGAGCAUAUAAAGCCAAAUGGCCACUAAGAUUACUUCUUGUUUUUUUGUUUACAAUAGCAGGCCAAAGACAUGUCUAUGCAUGGGCGUUAGAUCACCGAGUUCAUCAUAAAUACAGUGAGACAGACGCUGAUCCCCAUAAUGCAAAGAGAGGAUUCUUUUUCGCUCAUGUAGGCUGGUUGUUUACUUCACCCCAUCCAGACGUCGUUGCUAAACGUCAAGCUGUUGAUAUGAGUGAUCUCAUUGCUGACCCAAUUGUUAUGUGGCAAAAAAAGCUUUACAUUCCACUAUUUGCUUUACUGACCAUUGGAUUACCAGUUUGUGUACCUUGGUAUUUUUGGAAUGAAUCACUGUGGACGUCAUUUUGGGUGAAUUUUAAUUUUCGUUUUUGCGUGACUUUGAAUAUUGCAUUUUUUGUCAAUAGUGUUGCACAUAUAUGGGGUCAAAGGCCUUAUGAUAAAGAUAUAUCACCAGCUGAAAAUUUAUUGGUAUCGAUAGCAGCAUUGGGUGAAGGCUGGCACAAUUAUCACCACGUAUUUCCAUGGGAUUAUAAGACUGGGGAAUUAGGUAGCUACUCAUACAACAUAACAACUGGGUUCAUUGAUGCAUUUGCGCGCAUUGGAUGGGCCUACGAUUGUAAAUACGUAUCACCGGAAAUGAUACGUAGACGCGCUGAUCGAACUGGCGAUGGCACUCAUACUCACGAUAAAAAUGUAUGGGGGUAUGGUGAUAAAGAUAUACCUUAUGAUGAUCUCAAAGAACUCGACACCAUGGACUCUCAUAAUCAUUAAUAUUUAUUUAUAAUUGCUAAUUACAUUUUUUUUUUAAUUGUUCAGUAAUUCAUUUUUUUUCUUGAAGUUAAAUUGUUUUAAAAAUUAAAUUAAAAAAAAAAAUGAAAAAUUUAAUUUGAAAGUAUUUCGAAUUUAUAACGAUAAAUAAAUUUUUUUAUUUUUUAUUAAAACAAAAAAUAAUUCUCAUUUACAUUUUAAGGAACGUAAAUGUCUUGGAUAUUAUAAACUUAGAAUUGUAAAUGUAUUCAAUAAUUUUUUUUUUUUUUAAAUUGUAUAUUAUUAUUAGUUUGUAUGCGACUUACGAGGAGAAUAUUUGAAACCGAAGUUUAAGUAAACUAGA